AAAUUUUACCCGGUCACCCUCAGAGAUUGUCAGUACUGCGAACUGUCAUCCUAUAAUUAUUAUUACAACAGAUUGACGAAUGGCCAAGCCUAUUUUUCUGAUAUAAUUAAUUUCUCCAAUUGUUGUUAAACGUUUUUUUAUUCACGAAAGCUAGUUGAGCAUUAUGGUGGUCAAAAUAUAUAUCAGUGGUAUCUCGGGGAACAAAGAGGUGAAAAAACGACAGCAACGAGUUUUGAUGAUAUUAGACUCGAAAAACAUAAAGUAUGAAGUCAUUGACAUAACGGAACCAGGAAGAGAGGCCGAUAAAGACUUUAUGCAAAACAAUGCUAAGUCGUUGGGUGGCACUGUAAGCGAUCCCAGCCCUCGGUCACCGCUGCCGCCGCAAAUGUUUAACGACGAAGAAUACUGUGGGGAUUAUGACCAGUUUGAUCUCGCCAAUGAAGUUGAUACUCUAGAACAAUUCUUGAAAGUGGAGGUGCCCCCUGAACAACCACUGCAAGCAGAAACGGAAGAAAAGACACUGAAUGGUGAAGUAAAUGGUGAAAAGUCAAAAGAAACUUCUCAAGAAAGAGAUACAACGGAUGAAAGCAAACUUGAGGAAACAGGGAAAGAUUCACCAUCAACAGAGGGUAGUCCUACUAAAGAAGGUUCUGUAGCUCGAGAAGAUGGGACAAUUUCGAAGGAAGCCUCCCCUGAAAAAGACAAUGUGGAAUCUACCAAUGAAAAAUCAGAAGAGGCAACAUCUGAGAGGCAAAAAUCUGUUGAAAAAGAAACCACAGAGAAAGAAAGAUCGCCUGUAACUGACAAUGUUUCCGAGAAAGAGGAACAAGUGAAUGAAAAUGGUGCUGUCAGCUCUCGUGAGCAAUCAGAAGAGAAAGAGGCUGGUGAUGAACAAAUAGACAAUGUGGAAAGGAAAAAAGAAAAUCCAUCAGAAUUGCUCAUUGAGAGUGAGCAAGCUGCUGCUGAAUAAUGGACUGAUCACACUCUUGCUUCUCAGCUCAAAUGAAGCUCUUUUAGCACUAAGCAAGCACUAUCCAAUAGGUACUGUUAUUUAUAUUGCAUCAUUCACUUCUUUGCCAUGAUUAGUCAUUGUAUAUAAUGCAGAGAAGUUUUUAUCAGCUAAUGUAUAGUUACAUUUUCUAUUAUGAAGUGGCCUAUUAUCAUAAUCAUUAGAUUUAAAACUAUUAAUCAAAUUCUAUUAUCCAGAGUAAGAUUUAAUUUAACAAUUCUAUUACCCUAUAAGAAAGCUUGUAUUAUUUUAAAGUAUUAAUAUUUUUUUUAUUUUACACAACAUCUAACUUUUUUUAUUAUUAAAAUGAAAUCGUUUUAUAAAAAAUAACUAUAACAUAUUUAUAAAAUUUACUUCAUUAAAUGAUUGUUUAUGCUUCAGUGAGUUUGUCUCAUGAGCAGAUAUAGAGUGGCCUUCCUUGAUGCAUGGUUCAGUGGAUCCACGGGUUGUCGCAGACACGGCGCUAUAUUUUAUUUACAUUAUCUUUACUGCAAAUAAUGUAUAAACAAUUGUCAUAGUAACACGCACGCUUUUGGUUGUAUUUUUAUCAUGACAAAUUAUUAUCAUCAAUGUAAUAUUAUUAAUUAAAGACAGUUUUUUUAACAAUUUUCAUAUGAAUUAUAUAAAAUACGAGAAAA